ACCGCCAUGGGCAGCGCAGCCCCGCGCUCCGCGCCCGCCCCGCCGCUGCUGCUGCUGCUGCUGCUCCUGCUGCGGGCCGAGCGGCCGCGGGGCGCCGAGCUCACCUUCGAGCUGCCGGACAGCGCCAAGCAGUGUUUCCACGAGGACGUGGAGCAGGGCGUCCAGCUCUCCCUGGACUACCAGGUCAUCAGCGGAGGCCACUACGAUGUUGACUGCUACGUGGAGGACCCGCUGGGGAACACCAUCUACAGGGAAACCAAGAAGCAGUAUGACAGCUUCACCUACCGGGCUGAGGUCAAGGGCGUUUAUCAGUUUUGCUUCAGCAAUGAGUUUUCCACCUUCUCUCACAAGACCGUCUAUUUUGACUUUCAAGUGGGCGAUGAGCCCCCCAUCCUCCCAGAAAUGGGGAACAAGGUCACAGCUCUCACCCAGAUGGAGUCUGCCUGUGUGACCAUCCACGAGGCCCUGAGGACGGUGAUCGACUCCCAGACGCAUUACCGGCUCCGGGAAGCCCAGGACCGGGCCCGGGCCGAAGACCUGAACAGCCGGGUCUCUUACUGGUCUGCUGGAGAGACGGUCGCCCUGUUCGUGGUCAGCGUCAGCCAGGUGCUGCUGCUGAAAAGCUUCUUCACGGAAAAGCGGCCCGUUGGCAGGGUGGCCCACUCCUAGAUGAGGCGCCCUGCGCCGGGUCCCCCACAGCUCUCCCAGGCCACAGGCUGCCGGGGGCUGUGCGUGGGACCCGGGCGGGCAGGCAUGUGCUCACCCCUCCCUCCAUUGAGAUGCUCAGUCCUUGUCCUCCGGUUGCCAAGUGCACAGAGCUCGGUAAUCAGAAGGACCCACUGUGUUGUGUGUGUAACGCUGGGUGGAAACGUUUACAGUCAGAUGGGCCACUGUGGGAGGGCGGGUACCUAGUGCCCAGGCUUCAGGGACAGCUAGUGCUGUAUCUCUGCUCCACGGUGCCUGGCUUAUCUGGCCUGUGUGUCCUGCCCAGUGUGGAGAGGAAGGGGGCCCGCAGUCUGGUCUUGCCUCCCACAAAGCUCUCUCCACCUGAGGAAACCAGGCCGGGGCAGCCUCCCACCCCAGGGGACUGAGCACGGCCAGCCCUUCCUGCAGCAGCAAAGUAGUGACUGGGUGUGUGGGUCAGCUAUGUUCUCAGGGGUGGACUCUGGCUAAUAAAGAUUCAGCGUGAGCGCCGUGGGGACAUGUGUUUUUAUUGCUUUGCCCAAUAGCUCACAGCCUAGUAGGACCACAGCUGUGUGUAUCAAUAACCACAGCGUCAAACAGCAGGUGAUGCCCCAGAGAUGUGUCGGAUGCUGCGCAUGGAGGUGGGCGGUGGGGUAAAUCGCUCUCCUGGUUGAAUAAAAGCAGUGAAAUGGAAGCUUGUGGUCUUGAACCC